GCCAGUCUGUCUGUGUGGGGAUGGGGGGGUCUAGGAGUGGUGCUGUUCCUCAUCACUUUCGGACCCUUCGCUAUCUUCUACCUGGCCUUCUAUAUCUGCUGCGUUGUAGGAGGGUAAGUGUGGACCACCUGUUUGAAGUUAUGAAGUCAUUUAUAGAUGUGUUUAUGUGAAAUGACCUGUCUUUGGUUGUAUCCCAGCUUUCAAUUGUUUUUUACUGAAAUAACGGAUGUUGUAUAAUCUUAAAAUCUGGUUGACCUGUUUACCUUUCUUCGUCCUCUCCUCUUCCUCCCCCUUCCCUUUCCCCCUUCUUUCCCCUCCUCUCCCUCUCUCCUCUCCUCCUCCAGUGGUUUUGCGGUCACUCUGUUGUUUGGGAAGACUAACUCAGAGAGACAUCUAGAGAAGUGUGAACACUCCUACCUGCCAGCCACGCAAACGGGUAUACUGAAGGUAUGACACACACACACACACACACAUGCACACACACACUCACACAAAUAAUGACUCUCUCUCUCUCUCUCUCUCUCUCUCUCUCUCUCUCUCUCUCUCUCUCUCCUCUCUCUCUCUCUCUCUCUCUCUCUCUCUCUCUCUCUCUCUCUCUCUCUCUCUCUCUCUCUCUCUCUCUCUUUUCUAGACAUUGGAUGAGAUGAGGUUGGCUCCGAAGCCUAUAAAGAUAGACAGAAGACUGACUGGCUCCAACUACAUAGACGAGCCUCUGCAACAGGUAAGUGACAGAACAGAAGGAUGGGCAAGUGAAAACAAACGGAGAGGGAGCACAGUGCUGACACAGAUACUUUCUGCUUACUGGCUUCUAUCUAUACAACUAUGAAUGAAGCCAUGUCACUAGUUUUAGUCUGCAACUAUCUCAAUGUAGACAUGUAUGUCUCUGUAGCAAAGGCAUGCGUGUGUUUGUGUAUUUCUGGCUGUCUUAGUGGAUGUUUAUGUAUGUUACUCAGUGUUGAGAACAUAACAGACAUUCCUUCUGUUAGCCUGAGAGAAUGAUAGCUGUGACUGGAAUGUGUCCACUAAAGUGGUAGUUAGUUGCUAUAGCAGCCAGAUAAAGUGAGGACAUGUCAUUAAGUAGCCUAAUUAGAUCAUGACCUGCCUGGAUCAGCAGCCCCACUGUCUCUCUGCAGACGUCACUGUGUGUGUAUGUGUGUGUCUGUCCCAUUGUGGAGUGCUGCAUGGUUUAUCUCCCUCUUGUGUUCUGUAUGGCCACUGUGGGUUUAAUGAAAAUGGAGUUCUCACCUACAAUAAUGACUGGCCUAUUCCUCACUCACUCACUCACUCACUCACUCACUCACUCACUCACUCACUCACUCACUCACUCACUCACUCACUCACUCUCUUCCUCCUCCCCCUCUCCCUCUCCAGGUCAUCCAGUUUGCAUUGAGAGAUUAUAUUCAGUAUUGGUAUUACACUCUGAGUGAGGAUGAGUCUUUCCUGCUGGAAAUCAGACAGACUGUCCAGAACGCUUUGGUCCAGUUCUCUACACGGUAAUAUUCUAUUACUACUAUAUUACUGCUGAUUUACUGCUCUUCAUUACUUCUCUAUAACAGGUGUUGUUGUUAUUAUUAUUAUUAUUAUUAUUAUUAUUAUUAUUAUUAUUAUUAUACAGGUCUAAAGACGUGGACUGGCAGCCUUAUUUCACUACCAGACUGGUGGAUGACUUCGCUACUCACCUCCGAGUCUUCAGAAAGGCCCAGGACAGACUGGAGCGCAGGGAUGACAAUAAACAGAGUACGAAUACACAUACACAGACAGACACACACACUCUCUCGCUCUCUCUGACAUGAUGAUGAUGGUGUUAAUUGUGGUGAUGAUUGUGGUGAUGUUGAUUAUGAAGAUGAAGGUGAUGCUUGUGGUGGUGAUUAUGAUCGUGAUGAUGUUGAUGAAUUUUAGGGGAAUUGUCGGAGGAGAUGGUGGAGUCAUUCUUUGAGGCGGAGGUAGAGAUGGAGAGGAACAUCUGUAGAGACGUGGUCUGCACCUCCCUGAAGGAUGAAGAAGGUAGACACACACACACUUCCCAUCAGAGCAAGGAAGGUUCACACGCUGCAUCUCAACAAGGAAGUUGAAGCAACUUUGAGCCUGUGUGUGUAUACAAUGAGUGCAUAAAACAUUAAGAAACCUGCUCUUUCCAUGACAUAGACUGACCAGGUGAAUCCAGGUGAAAGCUAUGAUCCCUUAUUGAUGUUACCUGUUAAUUCCACUUCAAUCAGUGUAGAUUGAAUUGGCCCAAUUGGCCCAGCGUCGUCCGGGUUUGGCCGGUGUAGGCCGUCAUUGUAAAUAAGAAUUUGUUCUUAACCGAUUUGCCUAGUUAAAUAAAGGUUAAAUAACAAUAAAAUGAUGAAGAAGGGUAGGAGACAGGUUAAAGAAGGAUUUUGAAGCCUUGAGACAAUUGAGACAUGGAUUGUGUAUGUGUGCCAUUCAGAGGGUGAAUGGGCAAGAAAAAAGAUUUAAGUGCCUUUGAACGGGGUAUGGUAGUAGGUGCCAGGCGCAAACGGUUUGUUUUUCACGCUCAACCGUUGUAUCAAGAAUGGUCCACCACCCAAAGGACAUCCUGCCAACUUGACACAGCUGUGGGAAGCAUUGAAGUCAACAUGGGCCAGCAUCCCUGUGGAAUGCUUUCGACACCUUGUAGAGUCCAUGCCCCGACGAAUCAAGGCUGUUCUGAGGGCAAAAGGGGGUGCAACUCAAUAUUAGCAAGGUGUUCCUAAUGUUUGGUAUACUCAGUGUAUAUCGUAAUGUUGACAUUCAGGUACUGACGUCUCUCUGUGUGUGUCAGGGUUCCUGAGGGAUCUGUGUGAGGUGCUGCUCUACCUCUUACUACCUCCCGGAGACUUCCACAACAAGAACAUGAGAUACUUCCUCAGGGUAAGAGAGACACACACACACACUCACACAAGACGAGCACACACGGACACACUCACACUGUGACACAAAACACACACUGAAACACGCGCACACGUACACCAACAUGAAAUUGAUUGUGAUGUGUGUUCCUGUGUGGCUCAGUCAGUAGAGCAUGGUGCUUGCAACACCAAGGGUUGUUCGUUUGAUACCCGCUGGGGCCACCCGUACAUCAAUAUGUAUGCAUGCAUGACUGUAAAUCGCUUUGGAUAAAAGCGUCUACUAAAUGGCAUGUAGUAAUAUUUUAUGUGAUGUUGAUGUAAUUUGAUUAUGUGCAUUUUACAGGACAUUCUGAUGAUUUAAUGUGAUUGUGUCCAUGUUCCAGGAGAUUCUGGCGCGAGGCGUUCUCCUUCCCCUGGUCAACCAGCUGAGUGAUCCUGAUUACAUCAACCAGUUUGUUAUCUGGAUGGUCAGUAUCAGUAAUCACAUUGAUAAUCAAUAUUGUUAUUGGAAUCAUUAUCAAUAUUACCACUUUAUCAACCAGUUGUAGAGGGUUAGUAGAGAUCAAUAACUUUUAUCAAUACAACUGUUAUAGAUGUUAUAUAAACGUGUGUGUGUGCCUGCGUGCGUCUGUGUGUCUGUGCAUGUGUGUAGAUCCGGGACUCUAGCUGUAACUACGAGGCGUUUAUGAACAUCUUGAAGCUGACAGACAGAGUGUCUGAGCUGGAGGCUGUUAAAGACAAGGCCCUGGAGGAACUGCAGUACCUACGAUCACUGGACACAGCAGGAGACGGUACACACACACAGACAUGCAUGACGCCACACUUUUAACAUAAAGUAUACAUACAAUCCUGAUUUUUAUUAAAUGUUUAUCUCUCUCAUUCCACUCUCCUCUCCAACUCCCUCCAUUCCACUCCUGCCCUCUCUUUCUGCCUCUCCAUCUCUCUCUGUCUCUCUCUCUCUCUCAGAUAUCAAUGUGAUAAAGAAUCAGAUCAACAGUCUGUUGUUUGUGAAGAAGGUCUGUGAGACCAGGAUACAGAGGCUGAAGUCUGGGAAGGUCAGACAUGGGGUAUUAUGGAGUGAUGAACAGUGAAAAUGAGUCAAACAUACACUUACUAAACCUCUUUCUCUCUCGUUCUCACUCUUUCCAUCUCUCUCUAUCUCCAUCUCUCCCUAUCUCCAUAUCUCCAUCUCUCUCUAUCUCUCUACCUCUAUCUCUCCCUAUCUCUAUCUCUCUCUAUCUCCAUCUCUCUCUAUCUCCAUCUCUCUCUAUCUCCAUCUCUCUCUAUCUCCAUCUCUCCCUAUCUCCAUCUCUCUCCAUCUCUCCAUCUCCAUCUCUCCCGAUCUCCAUCUCUCUCUCUCUCUCUCCAUCUCUCUCUCUCUCUCCAUCUCUCCCUAUCUCCAUCUCUCUCCAUCUCUCCAUCUCCAUCUCUCCCGAUCUCCAUCUCUCUCUCUCUCUCUCUCUCUCUCUCUCUCUCUCCCUCUCUCUCUCUCUCCAUCUCUCCCUAUCUCCAUCUCUCCCUAUCUCCAUCUCGCUCUAUCUCUACUGUAGGAGGUGGAUGCGCUGAAACUAGCUGCUAACUUCGGCAAGCUGUGCAUCAUACCGCUGGAACACAUCCUUGUACACAACAUCGCCCUGCAGUUCUUUAUGGGUUAGUACCACACACAACACUGUCAUGCAAGCAAGCAGAGUUGUUUUUAUAUGUUUAUUUAACCUUUAUUUAACCAAGAGUCAAAUGGCCUCCUGUGGGGACGUGGGUUGGGGGAAAAAACAAUGUAAGACAAAACGGACAACACAGACAGAAGACACUGGCAAAACCACAAAUUCAACAGCACACAAACUGUGUGUGUGUGCAGGCGUGUGUGCCUGACAAUGGAGGGCUACAGAGGAACAGCUGACCCUUGACCUCCAACCCUUGACCCCUGACCUCCAACCCUUGACCUCUACCCUCUCCUGUAGACUACAUGCAGGCGGCUGGGGCCCAGGCAGAGCUGUUCUUCUGGCUGACAGUGGAGGGCUACAGAGUAACAGCCCAGCAACAACUAGAGGUGAUGGAGGGAUGGCAGAAGGAUGGAAAGAAGGGAGGAUCCACUAAAGGACUGCUGAAGGCUGCAGCACUAGGGGUCUAUGAACAGUACCUGUCUGAUAAGGUAACACACACGCUUUCACCACACACACAUACACUUUGGCAACACGUGCACAAACACACACAUUUUCUUAAACUCUUUCCCUCUCUCUCUCUCUCCAGGCGUCCCCCAGGGUGCAGGUAGAUGAGAUGUCUGUAGUCAAACUGAGAGAGAAGCUACAGAAGGAUGGCGACCCCACGCCAGAGAUAUUCGACGACAUCCAGAGAAAGGUGUGUUUGUGUUAGUCUGAUAAAAACUUUAUCAACUGUUUGAGACUGUAACAGCUAGCAAGCAUAUUUGAGACCUUUGUACUCAAUGUUUCAUUGUGGAUCCAAAUAAAUGUGUUCUGGUGUGUGUGUUGCAGGUGUAUGACAUGAUGCUUCGUGAUGAGAGGUACUACCCGUCGUUCAGACAGAGUCCCCUCUACAUCAGGAUGUUAGCUGAACUGGACAUGCUCAAAGAACCCUCUUAUAGAGGAUCAGAUGACGGAGAUGGAGGUUAGUACGGUCUGUCUGUAUGUCUGUGCGUUUUAAGCAUAGCUUAACCCUAACCCAGGGGUGAGAGGAGGGCCGAGUACCUGCAGGUUUUUGAUUCUCCCUUGUUUUAUCAAUUAAGGUAAUUGAUUAGUUAGGAACUCCCCUCACCUGGUUGUCUAGGUCUUAAUUGGACACCUAUUGAAAAUAAAUAACAAAACCAGCAGGACACACGGCCCUCAAUGGAAUGAGUUUGACACCCCUAACCCAUUCCCCAUGACUGUGAAGAGAAACUGUUGUCCUAUAUCUCUAACUAUUUAUUUAUCUCCCUCUCUCUUACUCUACAGAAUCGUUCAAUGGUUCUCCAACAGGAAGCAUUAAUCUAGUAAGUCCUCGUCAGUCCCUGAGACACACCAGCGGUCAGUGCAGUCAUAUUUUAUUUUUUAUUUAACCUUAAUUUAACUAGGCACAGUUAAGAAAAAAUGCUUAUUUACAAUGACGGCCUACAAUGGCCAAACCCGGACGAUGCUGGGCCAAUUGUGCGCUGCCCUAUGGGACUCCCAAUCACGGCCGGUUGUGAUACAGCCUGGAAUCGAACCAGGGGGUCUGUAGUGACGCCUCGAGCACUGAGAUGCAGUGCCUUAGACCGCUGCGCCACUAGGGAGCCCAACCAGCCAUAGUCACAGUACUGUCUGUUAGAACAGGUGUUAUUGGACCACUAGUGGUGUUUGCUACCCUGCUAUAGAGUUGUUAAGAUUUAACAACAGUUAGGAAAUGGUUGACUUUUACUGCAGAGGUCAAAGUAGCAGUGUCGCUGCUGUUGAUUGGCUGUUAGUACAGGGAUUAACAGUUUCACAGGUGUUGAUUGGAUGUUAGUCCAGAGAUUGGCAGUAUCUCUGGUUCUGAUUGGUUGUUUCGCUCCACUGUUUACAGUCUCUGGAUGACCUUUCGAAUUCCUGCAAUGACGACAAUAUACAGCUACACGCCUUCAUCUCUGAUACAGGUACGCACUCACACACACAUGAAUUCAGACUUGUGAUAUCCAGUCAGAUGAGUGUAUUGUCAGUGGUGGGAUGUGAUGUAUUGUAAGCUAGUGUGCUACUGAAAGUUAACCAACUAUCAUUGUCCUCUCACUUGCAUGUAUGACUACUGACUACUAUUGUGGUUUCAUUCAGAGAUGUGUGGGUACAACAGUAGUGGCCUUCAAAACGUUACCCUGUCAAAAUGCAUUGACGCUGUAAGGAGCCUAGAUGCAGUGUUGUCUCCUAACACUACAAGACGACAGUCCAGUGAGUCCUAUUAUUUAUGGCGUGGAAGAUGUAUCUUGGAUGAUAAAAUAGCAAGAAUGUUUUGACAUUUGAUUCAAUGAUUUGAUUGAUUUGGCUGGGCAGGGUGGGCAAGAAUUUACAGCAGUGACAGGUAACUUUUUUAGGGCCAGAAGUGUUGUGUGUGUGUGUCUGCCUUUUGACCUACUGACCACUCCCCCCGACUAGCCCCCUCCUCCCCUCUGCAUCGCCCUUUGACCUGUAACUUCAUCUCCUCACGUUAACCAUCAGCUUGUAUCACUUAUGUUACCAUCUCAUGUUGCUGCUACUUUUCUUUUUACACUUUCAUUAUUUCAUCAACUUUACCAUUUCUUCUGUUUUUCCUUCUUUCCUUCACUUCCCUUCACUUCUUCCUUCGCUACUUUUUGUCAUUUGUCCUCAUUCCCCUCCCUCCCUCUCUCUCUCUCUCUCUCUCUCUCUCGCUGUCUGUCUGUCUGUCUGUCUGCUCCCUCCUCCUGCCUCCCUUCCCUAUCCCUCUCCUCCUCCUCCUGCCUCUCCCCUCCUGCCUCCUCUCCCCUCCUGGGCUCUGUGUAUCAGUAGCUGAUGCGUGUCUCCCUGGGGCUGGGUUGGGUGUGGGGUUGGGCCUGCUGGGUGCUACAGGGGUGUGUAACGACCACGGCAAGACCUACGCCCUCUACGCCAUCACCGUGUGCCGCCGUAACCACGACGGCAGCGAGGACUCCUGGAAAACCUACCGCCGCUACUCUGACUUCCACGACUUCCAUAUGAGGAUCACGGAGCAGGUAAAGGUAAAUAUGCGUGUGUGUGUUCCUAUAACAAAGGCCUUCUGACUUCUAAGGUGUGUACAUAUAGUGCAUUAGAAAAGUAUUCAGACAGCUUCCUUUUUCCACAUUUUGUUUACGUUACAGCCUUAUUCUAAAAUUGAUACAAUUAUUUUUUUCCCUCAUCAAUCUGCACACAAUACCCCAUAAUAACAAAGCGAAAACAGGUUUUUUGAAAUGUUUGCAAAUGUAUACAUAAUAUAAAAAUGAAAUACUUUAUUUACAUAAGUAUUCAGACCCUGUGCUAUGAGACUCGAAAUUGAGAUCAGGUGCAUCCUGUUUCCAUUGAUCAUCCUUGAGAUGUUUCUACAACUUGAUUGGUGUCCACCUGUGGUAAAUUCAAUUGAUUGGACAUGAUUUGGAAAGUGCAUGUCAGAGCAAAAACCAAGCCAUGAGGUCGAAGGAAUUGUCCGUAGAGCUCCGAGACAGGAUUGUGUCGAGGCAUAGAUCUGGGGAAGGGUACCAAAAAAGUGUUGUAUUUUUUUUAUAAUAUAUUUUUUCCCCCUUUUUCUCCCCAAUUUCGUGAUAUCCAAUUGGUAGUUACAGUCUUGUCCCAUCGCUGCAACUCCCCUACGGACUCGGGAGACCCUGCCAAGCCGCACUGCUUCUUGACACGCUGCUCGCUUAACCCGGAAGCCAGCCGCACCAAUGUGUCGGAGGAAACACUGUCCAACUGGCGUCACUAGAGCGCGAUGGGACAAGGAAAGCCCGGCUGGCCAAACCCUCCACUUACCCGGACGACGCUGGGCCAAUUGUGCGCCGCCUCAUGGGUCUCCCGGUCACGGCCGGCUGUGUCACGGCCGGCUGUGACACAGCCUGCGAUGCAGUGCCUUAGACCGCUGCACAACUCGGGAGGCCCACCAAAAAAUUUCUGCAGUAUUGAAGGUCCGCAAGAACACAGUGGCCUCCAUCAUUCUUAAAUGGAAGAAGUUUGGAACCACAAAGACUCUUCCUAGAGCUGGCUGCCCAGCCAAACUGAGCAAUCGUGGGAGAAGGGCCUUGGUCAGGGAGGUGACCAAGAAUCCGAUGCUCACUCUGACAGAGCUCCAGAGUUCCUCUGUGGAGAUGGGAGAACCUUCCAGAAGGACAACCAUCUCUGCAGCACUCCACCAAUCAGGCCUUUAUGGUAGACUGGCCAGACGGAAGCCACUCCUCAGUAAAAGGCACAUGACAGCCCGCUUGGAGUUUACCAAAAGGCACCUAAAGAACUCUCAGACCAUGAGAAACAAGAUUCUGCAAAAAAAUAGAAAAACCUGUUUUUGCUUUGUAAGCAAAGUCCCGCCCAGUUGACUACUUCAAAAUGGUGGAAGCCUCAAUGGCACUGCCCAUGCUAAAACAUACUUUGGUCCAAGGGCAUCCUCCAUCUGUCUCUAUGGGUGUGUGUUGUACCUCCAUUUUGGGAACCUGGCGUGUGUGUUUGUUAUAUUCCAGUUUGAGAACUUGACGUCGAUCCUGAAGCUGCCGGGGAAGAAGACGUUCAACAACAUGGACAGAGACUUCCUGGAGAAGAGAAAAAAAGACCUGAACGCAUACCUACAGGUAGGAGUGUGACGUGUGUGUAGUUGUGUUAUGUCUUUAGUAUACCCGUUUUACGUGGCUAUAACCAUUCCUCUCUUCUCUCUCGUGUGUGUGUGUGUGUGUGUGUUAGCUGCUGCUGAAUCCAGAGAUGGUGAAGGCCUGUCCUACUCUGGUCCCCUAUGUCUACGACUUCCUGGAGAAUAAGCAGUACAGCAAGGGCAAGGGAGACUUCGCACGCAAGGUACACACACACGGCAGAUAGCCUAGCGCUUAAGAGCUUUGGGCCAGAAACCGAAAGGUCGCUGGCUCGAGUCCCCGAGCCGACUAGGUAAAAAAUCUGUCGACGUGUCCUUGAGCAAGGGACUUAACCCUAAUUGCUCCUGUAAGUCGCUCUGAGUAAAGAACGUUUGUUGAAUGACAUACAAAAACAAGAAAACACAUACUCACGUUGCCCAACUGUACAUACUCAAGUGGCUUAGCUACGGCAUCGCUCACUACACACACUCACCUGUCGCGUGUUUGUCUCUCAUUUACAUUAUUUAGCUGAUGCUCUUAUCCAGAGCGACUUACAGUAGUGAGUGCAUACAUUUUCAUACUAGUCCCCCAUGGGAAUCGAACCCACAAACUUACCGUGGCAAGCGUCAUGCUCUACCAACUGAGCCACAUGUCUUAACAGAUGGAUACGUUUGUGAACCCGCUGCGUAGCUCGAUGCGUAACGUGUCCAACGCAGUGAAGAGACUGCCAGACAGUCUGGCUGAAGGGAUGAACACUGCUGCUGACAACAUGGGACGCAUGUCAGAGAAACUGGGACAGGACAUCAAACAGUCCAUGUUCAAGGUAAGGACUCUACUUAUUAGGGAUGUGACAAAUGGAUAACAUUUCUUAACAUUUAAACUGAAAAAAUCAUAUUGGUUUUCUGUUAAAACGAUAAGAAAAAUUCACAUAAUUCCACGUGAAUUCACAAUGCAGCUGUCCUGCUGCCAUCAACAGUUUAGGUCUCACGGUGUGUCCCUUUCAGAUGGUUAAGCAUUGCAGCUGUACUGCCAUUACUGUACCUCAAUUCCACCUUGCAAAGUUUGCAUUUCCUUCUCAUUUAACUUCUCAAAGUACUACCAUACAGGACCGCUGCUGUCGCUUGCCUUUCUCUGCCAUUUUUCGAAAUGUUAACGACGAUGAAGAAGUGGAGAGUCGACUCCAAAAUAAUUGACUCCUUGCACGUCAAUUCCCGGUGUCGACUCCCAUUUCUGAGUGUUAAGAUUCAGUACUCCUAAGAUUCAGAAUUUCUGGAACAGAGGAGACAUAGUUGCCGUACUUCCGAGAACACAAACAUUUGCAUCUUUCAUAGCGAGCUAGCGAGGGACGGAUAGAGAAGGGAGGGGCACAGUAUUUGCAGGUCGGCCACCAGGCAGUCAGUCAGAACCGUGCACUAGGCCUAUCUAUCGGCAAUCAAAAGCUGUAUCUCGCAAUGAAAUGAUGUAUAUCGCAAUUUCUCAAUAAAGAAGGGUCUAUCAUCAAUGAAUAGGCUAGGAUAUUGAGAUGAGCAAGAUGCAACACUUGGCUCUCACACAGUAUCUGCGCAUGUGCACGGAUUCGCUUCAUGCUGUUCACAGCGUGGUUGCCAGGGCGCCAAAACAGCGGAGAAGUAGAGACGGAAAUUGUUGCGGAAAUUGACCCACUAUACUGUUUACUUUCUGCAUCUACGUAGGGUUUUUUCUUAACGUUAAGGAUCCCAAUUAAACAUUUAAACGUUCACAGGCCUACUACCUAUACUACAACCUUAGUAUAACUGACAUGGGACACAUGUCUGAGAAACUGGGGCAACAUCAAACAGUCCAUGUUCAAAAGUCUUGCUAUGCUCUCUAACCUUAACAGUCCAACCAGACUGACCAUGUAUUAAUUACACUCAGACUAUACAUCAACCAGACGCUAACUAUACUCGAACCAUACUUUACCAUACUCGGACCAUAAUCAACUGUCUGGUGUCCAGGUGCCUCCACUGCUCCCCAAGUCUGACAUUGACCCAGAGCACUGCCGAGUCUCGGCCCAGCUGGACGACAAUGUGAGUACAACACCCCGACUAGCACACCAGUUUAUAGGCCCUCUCCUCUGAAACAUGUUAAAUUAAUGAAAGCAAUAUAGUGGUAUAACGUUUGGGAGGUGUGUGUGUGUUUUCCAGGUGGAUGAUAACAUCCCCCUGCGUGUGAUGCUGCUGCUGAUGGAUGAGGUGUUUGACCUGAAGGAGAGGAACCAGUGGCUCCGCAGGAACAUCAAGAACCUUCUGCAGCAACUCAUCAGAGCCACAUACGGAGACACUAUCAACAGGUACUGUACGCACACACGUACACUCAUCAGCGCCACAUACACAUAUCUGACUGUAUUGUCUGCCACUCUGGUCUCUGCAGGAAGAUUGUUGAUCAUGUGGACUUCAUGACAGCUCCAGAACAGGUGGCAGACUACGUAAAGAAGUUCAGGUAACAGAGACACACACACUAUUAGAUCGCUGUGUGUGAUUGGUUAGAAGGUCUGUCAGUAACUCUCUUUGGUCCCACCCCUGUGCAGGGAUUCAUACUGGCCCAAUGGAAUCCUAGCAGAGUCUCCACCCCGCCGGGACAAGAACAUCCGCAUGAGGACACGGGUCGCCGCCAAGACCAACCUAUUGGGAAUCAUGCCAGGUAAUACACACACACACACACACACUCAGACUGAACACACUUGUUCACUAUUAAUACAUAAUUUCUCCCUCUAUCCUCCUCCAGAUGAGUUGAAGCACAUCAUCGGGGCGGAUACGACUCGUAAAGGCAUCCUUCGUGUGUUUGACAUGUUCCAACAUGGACCAAUGAAUCGUCGGCUGGUCUACGUGCUCCUAGAAGGGUUCCUGGAGACCAUGUUCCCUCAGUACAAGUUCCCAGAGCUGUUUGUCAAACUGCACUCCCGUUCGCCACGCACAGCCAGAUACACACAGAAACUCAAGAGCACCUCCCUGAAGAGGUGACAGGAGACUGGGAUUGGGCAGGGUAUAGGGUGACACUACGUGAGUGAACAGAGGGAAGAGGGGAGGGGAGUAGUGGGGACGGUGUGUGAAGAGGUCAACGUGUGUGUGUGUAUGUGUGCUGGUGAGAAGAGGUCAACGUGUGUGUAUGUGUGCUGGUGAGAAGAGGUCAACGUGUGUGUGUGUGUGUGUGCUGGUGAGAAGAGGUCAACGUGUGUGUGUAUGCGCGUCCUGCCAUCUAUGUCAAGAGGUGAUAUUUGGACCAUCUGAGCUUAACUCUCCCCUCCUCUCCCCUACAUGCCCCUCACACACACACACACACACACACACACACACCCUCUCCUCUCCUGUGCACAGCUAAGAGACCUCAUUUGGAUUUUAUUUUAGUUUUGUACUUUUUAUUUCAUACUAAACUAUUUUAUUGUAGAUGUGUGGUCAGACUGACAGAGCUGCUCUGCUACACCCAGCAGUUGAUCUCAGUUACUGAUACCAGAGAGCAGAGCUAUGUAUAGAGAAAUACAUGGGUCGUUCCAUGAAAUGAGUCCCUUUUUGGUAGUGUUUCCCAAACUCAGUCCUGGGUGCACGUUUUGUUUUUUGCCCUAGCACUACACAGCUGAUUUCAAAUAAUCAAAGCUGGAUGAUUAGUUGAUUAUUUGAAAUCAGCUGUGUAGUGCUAGGGAAAGAAACAAAAGAUGCACCCCUUGGGGUCCCGAGGACCGAGUUUGGGAAACUCUGGGGUAGUGUAACUUGGUGGGAAAAAAACGUUUGAUUUAGUGAAGAGCACAUUUUCAACUUAAUAAAAAACAUAGUUUCCAAUCUCAAGAGGUUAAAGAAAGAAAUAACUGGGCGGCAGGUAGCCUAGUGGUUAAGAGCAUUGGGCGAGUAACCGAAAGGCCGCUGGUUGGAAUCCCUGAGCCGACUAGGUGAAAAAUCUGAUGUGCCCUUAAGGGCACUUAACCCUAAUUGCUCCUGUAAGUCGCUCUGGAUAAGGGCAUCUGCUAAAUGACUAAAAUAAAAUAAAAAAUGCUAAAUGUAAGUGCUUAUUAAGUGCCAGAUAAAGUAACAGGGUUGAACGUAACAGGGUUGAACGUAACAGGGUUGAACGUAACAGGGUUGACGAUUUCAUCUAAAUCAGCCAUAAAUCCCUUGUGACCGGGGGAAUGGAAGGUUAUUGUGUGCAACAGGGAGGGGCAAUUGAAUGAAAGCUUCACAAAAACAAAAACAAAAAAUGUCUAUCUAUGGGUAACAGGGUUGACGUGUUACGCUCAACCAACUUAGUUUUCCACCACAAAACACAAUAAAAUGGCAAAAAAUUGUAAAACCAGCUCAUCUGCUUUUACACUAUAAUUUUACAAUUACAUAUUCAAUUUUUCUUUAAAAAAUAACAAGGAAUAGGAUAGUUCAGUUCACUUAACAGGGUUGACCUUAAAAUGAAAGACAGGUUGUUGUUGUUGUUGUUUUACCUCUUCACAAAUGACUUUGUCAAAGCAACAAAAUAACUGAGGCUUCACAAUGAUGGUGAAAACUUUUGGGGGAUUAAGUGGGUUAAAAUCUUUCUAGAAGUUACAGAGAGUGCACAGAGGGACAUGCCAAAAUGCAGUAUUGUGGCACUUUAGCAAGUCUAUUCAUAUUAAAAAUCUAAUGUAUUGAAUUUUCCAUGUGGUCACUUCAUUUAGUAUAACAGGUUUUUAAAGAUGCACUAUGCAGAAAUCGUUCCGCCAUUUCCUGGUUGCGAAAAUUCUAAUAGUUCGCUUAAUUUCAGUUUAUGUAAUGAAACAAGCAAAUAUAGGGAAGAGAAUCAUUGUACCAUCUAAACCGCUGUGAAAUAUAUUUUCCAUAACCCAAAAUAUUGUAUUUUCAGCUGUUUGAUGCUGGUGUACAAAAAAAACGAAAGUAAAAGGCGCAAAAUGAAACUUAAGAACGUGAAGCGUAUAGAACAGAUCAAGUGCUUCUAAGACUUGCUUUCAAUGAGUGACAGAUCUAUAACUCAUAUUUCUGUGUGAAUGUGGUCGGGUUGCCCAAAAAGUUACAUAUUGCAGCUUUAAAAUUCUAUAUUGGUGCACAAUUUCUACUUAAAAUAUCAAAGGAAUGCAAAAGGACUCAUUUUGUAGAACGACCCACAUAUGUUAUGGCAUAUGUUGUGUAUAUACUGUACAUAGAAAUAUAAUGAAUAGAUUAUAUUUCUAUGGGUAUAUAUAUGGCUCUGACUUAUACUGUAGGCUUUUAAACAGCAGGAGACAGAAGAGAAAAUAGAGACAGAGGACUGGCGUGCAGUGUCAACCACAUCCGGUUGUUUUUUUCAAGUUUUAUUGUUAUUUUGUGUUUUUUACACAAUGUGACAUCAUCAUCAUCCAUGCCUGCCAUAAUCCUUUCGGACUGUCAGUAGCCAUGACAACCAAAGCCCUAGCUGUUUUUGUGUGUCUGUGUGUCGACAGGCAUGAUGGACAGCACUCACUGUGCUUCAUGUUGUUAAUCAUGCGAAAGAAGAAGAAACCAGAAUGCACAGCUCAACUGCUCUCUCUAGAGCUGAGACCUGGGUAA